AUGGAAGCAGUCCCACUUUGGAAUGUGAAAAUUAAAGAUAAAAAUAACGUCAGUCAAUGUAUAUGGGAUUUAUGCUAUAGUCCGACCGGAUCCACACUGGUUGUUGCAGCUGGAAAUGCCGUCCUGGUUUACCAAGCUGAUGACGGAGGGUUACAAAAGUCAUUGAAGGGUCACAAAGAAACGGUUUACUGCGUAGAUUUUUCCCAUGACGGGAAGUUUUUUGCUAGUGGUGGGGCUGACAAAUGUGUAAUUAUCUGGAAGGCCCUUUCUCUGGAAGGUCUAUUGAAAUAUAUGCACAAUGAUGCUGUUCAAAGUCUUUCUUUCAAUCCUUUGACUAUAUUAUUGUCUAGUUGCGCGUUAUUUUGGACGCUAGAUCAAAAAUCUGUCGUUAAAAGUAAACUACCUGCUCGAGCAACAUGCUGCAGCUGGAAGUCCGAUGGACAGUAUCUUGCGAUAGGUUUGUUCAAUGGCGUGAUUAGCGUUAGAAACAAGGUAAUUCUAUUCGUGGGUCACUAUGCAUCACUUUUUUCUUGUAAAAGCAAUGUCUUUGUGAUUGAACCAUUAUGA